GAUCACGUAUGUGGUUAUAUCUAAUUUUAGUGCCUAAUUCACUAGACACGCUGCAGUGUGAAAUCGGCUUAACAUUCCUCUUUAUGGGCGUGUUUGUUUCUCUAUCUAUCUCACUCUGUAUCCACUCGUAGAGGCGCGUGGAUUCGUACGUUGGGCGGUUGCCCGUAUCGCUCACGCUUACAACCCAAGUGCCUUGCUUUACCAUCGACGACCACUGGAUUUCCAAAAAAAAUACUUCUAGACAUCUAUAAUGCAAAGGCGUUAGAAAGUAAUUGCUUAUAUCGUUCCAGUGCGUGGGACCACCGACAAAGUAGAAUGAAUGGAUCGCAGGUUAUUGUGGUGGCGGCGUUCGUCGCUUUCUACUUGUUGGGCGUAGUCGCGGACCAGAAUGACAAAAAGGACUACUACGAGACGUUCGGCGAUCAGGUGCCUCCAGAUUGGUUGGCACGCGAUGCCUUUGAUGAGAUACGCCAUAAAAUGGACAAAGUUAAUAUGGAUAAUUGCCAAAUUCAGCAUUUAGACGAUCUCUACUUGUCAAUGGACAGCGUCUCCCACCUACCGGACAUCAAAGAGGUCAACAUCAAUCCUAUUUUUCCCAACAGAACUGCUCUGAUACACCUGCAUAAUAUGGCCCUCACCAGGAGUUUCUAUUGGAGUUACAUACUUCAAUCAAGGAACUAUAAGCCACCUAUUAAUGACACUUACGAUCCUGGCAUGAUGUAUUAUUUCCUCUCAACAGUAGCCGAUGUUUCAGCCAAUCCAUACAUCAAUGCAUCAGCCAUAUAUUUUUCUCCCAACAUGUCCUUCUCUUCAUCUUAUAGAGGAUUCUUCAAUAAAACUAUGCCCAGAUUUGCACCUAGAACUUUCAGGGCUGAUGAUUUUAACGAUCCUGUCCAUCUUGAGAGAAUAUCUACUAGAAAUACCUUCACUAUUCAAGAUCUGGGUGCUUUUCCAGUUAGCCAGCUCAGCAAGGAUUAUACGACCGAGUAUUACAGAAUUAACGAAUGGUAUAAGAAAUGGUUACCGGAUGAUCCAACGAGACACGAUACAAAAAUCACCUACCAAGUGGAAAUCAGAUAUGCGAACAAUACAAAUAUCACUCACACGUUCCAUGGACCUCGAGGUGCUCACGAGGAGGAUGGACCUGUGAAGUGGAUAAGACCCUACUUUGAUUGUGGCCGUUCGAACCGUUGGCUUUUCGCAGCAGUUGUUCCAAUCGUAGAUCUGUAUCCUCGCUAUACUGGAUUCCGGCACAUUGAAAUACCAAGAUAUACGGCUGUUUCAGUCUUGGAAAUGGAUUUUGAUCGAAUAGAUAUUAAUCAGUGUCCGAAAGGAGAAGGUAAUAGAGGGCCAAAUAAAUUUGCAAACACUGCUCGAUGUAAGAUGGAAACGACAGAGUGCGAACCAUUGCACGGUUGGGGCUUCAGAAGAGGUGGAUACAUGUGCAGAUGUAAACCAGGGUGGCGAUUGCCCUAUGUAGUAAGACGACCCUACCUUGGUGAAAUAAUUGAAAGAGCAUCGCCAGAACAAUAUUACAAUGGCUUUGAUUGUUCGAAAAUUGGCUGGAUUCAGAAGAGACCAGCUGAACUAACAAAAGCAUCGAAUUACACGAGAGCGAAAUAUCUCGAGCAAUAUUAUGAAUAUAAAAAUCAUUCGAUCGGGCCGGAUUCUCUGCACGACGACAAAAUGAACGUUGAUCAGGUUUUAAAAUUCAUUUUCAGCGUUCAUCCAAGCAACUGUAAGAGAUACACGCAGGAACAAUUAAGACUUCCUGGCGACGUAGGAUUUGGGGCUGACGAAUUCUAUGAAAAUGAAGCGAAAAUGGCGGCCAGAUUGUCAAAUUUUAUCAGUUCAUUUCUACAGAUAUCCGAUCCGGAAGAAGUGUAUUCUGGCAAACGUAUAGCCGACAAACCCUUGAACGAAGACCAAAUGAUCGCGGAAGUCGUGGCGCUAUUAUUCGGUAAUGCAAGAAUUUGGUCGGCCGGCAUCUUUUGGGAUCGCAACAAAUUCACUAACCGAACAUUUUUCGCUCCUUACGCAUAUAAGGAGGAGCGUAACGCACUUAAGCUUAAAGUCGAAGACUUGGCAAGACUUAAUACCACAGAAGAAAUUUAUAUGAAGAACGAGUGGUUCCAAUUGCUGAAAAACCGUUGGAGUGCAAAUCACGACGAUCUUGAGAAAUACUUUUUAAAAAUGAUGGUGCGCUACAACGAGACCGGGGAAUCUUUGAAAAAAUACGAGCAUUACCCAACCUACUACAGGGCAGCAAACCUGAACCACGGCUACUGGACCGUCCCUUACUUCGAUUGUAACGGCAAAGUGAAGAAAUGGUUAAUUACCUAUGCAUCCCCCUUUUUCGGCUGGGACAGUCUCAAAGACAAACUGGAAUUCAAGGGUGUCGUAACCGUGACCAUGGACUUGCUACAGCUGGAUAUCAACCAAUGCGACGAUAAAUUCAAUGUUCCCAACGCAUUUAAGGGGACGCACAAGUGCGACAAAAAAUCCUCAUACUGCGUACCCAUAUUGGGACGUGGAUUCGACAGCGGCGGCUACAAGUGCGAGUGCAAACAAGGAUACGAAUAUCCGCUAGAGGAUCUGAUUACGUAUUAUGACGGGCAAUUGGUCGAGGCUGAGUUUAAUAACAUCGUUGACGAUAAGCUGACGAGGUAUGACAUAUAUAAAUGUCGUCUGGCAGGUGCUGCUUCGAUACAAUUUAGCUGGGUCUUGCUUCUAAUUACCGUAACACUAUUUUUCCCAUACAACCGAAGAUAAUUGUUAGCGAACCAAAUUUUAUAACAUUAAAACAAAUCUUUAUUAUUUGAACGUAAGAUUUACACGAUAUCACAUUUAAUUAGAUAAGAUUUUAUUAAUUCCAGCCAAAUACAAGACAGAUUUUGAUUGAAUCUCAAAGUCACUUUAGACUUCUUAUCUCCGUCCAUAAGAAUAGUAUUCUAUAUACAAAUUUUUAUAUUUGCUUAAUU